AUGCCGAAUACUUCGAAAAGUCAGUUUUCAUCAUCGUUCUUAGUUACAUCCUUGUUAUCUACUGUGGAGACCAUAACAGAUAUAUGGACUUUGGACACACUUGGGAUCACUGACCCAUCAGUCAAGAAAACCCAGACUGAACUGCAAGAAGCUGCUCGGUUACAUUUUCUAAAUACAGUUCGUAUAGUCGAUGAUCGUUUCGAGGUUGAUUUGCCCUGUUUGGAAUAUCAUCCACCACUAACAGACUAUUUUGACUUAGCCGAGAGAAGACUGAACAAAACUGUUAAACGUCUUAAAAUCGAGUCCAAUUAUGAAGCUUAUGGAGAUGUUUUCAAGGAAUGGCUAGAAGAGGGAGUAAUUGAAGAGGUUGAUAAAAAUUAUCAAGGGCAAGUUCUUUACCUUCCUCAUCAAGAAGUUAUCAAAAAGAAUAGCACUACAAAACUCCGACCGGUAUUUGAUGCUUCGGCCAAAGUAAAGGGAUUUCCUAGUCUCUAA